GCAGUUCGACUCUACUUAAGGUCUUACCACCACGUUGAAACAUUGCCGCGUCCCUGUACACGAGGAAACGCGUAUGUAUGUACGUCGAAGUACGUUCUCGAGGGGCCACGACAAUCCCCGUUUUACCUGGUGGCAUACACGGCAUAGCGGUAGCGAGAGGAGAUCCGUCGAGCCUUCUCUUGAACGUGCUCGAGUCUCGAGCGCGGGAGAAAUUGUCCGUCCCACCUUUUGUGAAGUUGUGAAGCCGGGCUAUCAGAGUACUCAUCUGGACGAGGUGGCGAACGGUCGAUUUAGUGGAGGUGCUUUGUGCGCUCGAACGCCUUUUUCGUCACAAAGAGUGCCUCGAAUCUUCCGUCCAAUUUGUCUGGAGUUCGGAGCAACAUUACUCAUCGGGACGCCAAAGUCUCUCGGUGGUAGCUCCAGGUUUUUGUGAUCGCGAUAAACGAUGUGCUUGCUCGAAGAGCUCCGAAAAAUUUUGUGGAUAUUAAACAAGUAAUCGUGCCAUUAAGGGUUUGCAGCAGUGAACUUUGCGCAACUUUACGAACUUCGGAGCCUUGGUGUACCCACGUGACGACUCGCGCGCAACAGUUCCGUCGUGCCGUUGACAAAACAAUCGGUUGAACGACCUGGUGACGGGCUCGCGGAGAGGGAGGCGGGACAUCUGGUUCCUCGCGAACUUAAAAAGUGUGUAUGAAAGAAAAGGUUUUAGAAGCGGGAAGAAAGUCGAGGAGAUAAAAUGUAAGGUGGACGGUGGAAAAAGCUAGCGUGAAGUGACACGAUGCUCAUGAAUAAAUGUUUAUUCAAAACGAGCGAACGUGAACGUUGAGUUUUUCAUUGAGCACGAGGAUUAAAAACUGCUUCGUGAGAGUUCGGAGGCGAUCGUAUAUAAAAAAGUGGUUUUGUGGUUGGUUCAGUGAACGAAUGAAUAGUUGGAACGAGCAAUUCCCAUUCAGCAAGUGAAACGUGACCAGAGGAGAUUGGAUUUUUCGGUCAAAUUUGUUUACCAUGACCGUGACGAUGGAGCACAAACGAAAAAGUUCGUGGGAUUCGAAGAUUUCUGUGAGUACAGUUAGUACGAGGAGGUUCAGUCGAGCGGAUACACCGAGCUCGAUUCUCUCGUCCGACAGCGAUAUUCGUUUCACCAGGAAACUCGGAGGCCAAUACAGAUGUGGCUGUUGCGUCCUGGCUGCCUUUUUGCUCUUUCUUCUUUUCUCCGGAGUUGCCAUAUACCUCGGCUAUGCGUAUCUCAUUUCGGAUCCACCGAGUGACCAAGUGUUCCUUGCGACGUUUCGAGUAACAGGUGGUGACUCGUUCACCGUUGACCUCGCAGACCCCUCGACCGAAGCGUUCAGAAUACGUUCCAGGGAAUAUCGCGAUCGCCUUAAUCUGGCCUUUCGUCGGAGCUCGUUCAAGAUUUCUUUCAUAACCGCCGAAGUCCUCGCACUCGAUGGUAUCGAAGGUGGUGAUUUGGUCGUCCAUUUCGAUCUGAGGUUCGAUCCGCGUUACCAGACCUUGACUGUGGAGGACGUGGCUGAAGUUCUCCUGCGGGAAAUAACCCCAGGAAAGGCGAAAUAUCUGGCAAGUCUGACGAUCGAUCCGAAGAGUCUCGAGGUUCAGGAAAGCAUCGCAGCCCUCAACGCCGAAUCAGCGCUGCAGACGACGGUCUCGACACCACCGACGACGACGACGGCACCACCUCCUAGAACUUGCAGCAGAGUGAACCUUCCUUAUUGCCGACAUUUGCCGUACAAUGUCACUUCGUAUCCGAACGUUCUGGGCCAUAAAUCGUUGCUCGAAGUUGAGGAGGAUCUCAUAGCUUUUCGAGAAUUAGUGGAUGCGGAGUGCUACAGAUUGGCCUACGAUUUCAUAUGCCAAGUUCUCCAACCCGCGUGUGUACCCGGCCACGCGGAAGCUGCUCUGCAUCUACCGUGUCGAAGCUUCUGUCGAGAAUUCUGGGCCGGGUGCGGCAACCGCUUGCCGGAUAAAAUCAAAUCUGCAAUCGACUGUUCGAACUUUCCUGAGUACGCUGAUCAUGGCAGUUGCAGGCCGAAGCCAGGCUGCGUUCGAGACUUGCAGAGCAAAGCAUUGUCGCCUCGUAUCUGCGACGGUGUAAUCGACUGCCCUGAUCUUUCGGACGAGAAAAACUGCGCUUACUGUCAAGAGGGUUUCAUGCACUGUGGUGUCGGCCGGACGUGCAUUUCUCGAGCGAAACGAUGCGAUGGUAAAAUCGACUGUCCCGGCGGCAGCGACGAGAAAGAUUGCCUGUCCCUGGCGAAAAGUGUCAACUCGAUGAAAUCUCAGCUAACGGAAACUCCGCUAUCUUCGAAGUACACCCGCGAAGGCUACGUCGUUUUCAACGAGAAAGGAACCGUUGGCAAACUGUGCACAGAAAAUUUAAACGCCACUUUACCGGAAACGGAAAUGGACAACGUUCUCCGAAGCUCUGCCAGCUCGCUCUGCAAUCUGCUGACAUACACGGGCCUGGACACGGUCGAAAUCAAAGUCGACGAAGAAAAAGACAUUCAGUACGUUCACAUGGAGGAUCCUUCAGCGUCCGAAAUAACUUUCGUCAGAGCUCCUUGCCCGAGCAAGCAAGUCAUGUACGUCCGAUGUGCGGACCUCGAAUGCGGCCUGCAGGCCCUGAGGAAAGGAGGAGGAACCGAAGGCCUCAGCAAAAUGUCCGAACCCGGAGACUGGCCUUGGCACGCUGCCCUCUUCAAAGAAGACGUCCACGUGUGUGACGCGACUCUCGUCGCAGCUGAGUGGCUCCUGACGACAGCUUCGUGUUUCCAGGGACAAGACAAAGCGGAAUGGAGUGCUCGUUUGGGGACGGUCAGAUUGACGAGUACUUCGCCAUGGCAACAGGAGAGAAGAAUCGUGGGGAUGUUGAAGUCACCGGUGGAAGGAAGCACGAUGGUUCUGCUGAAGCUGGACCGACCUUUGUCCGCGUAUUCGGAUUUCGUUCGCCCAGUUUGCCUGCCAUUGAGUGACGAGCCGAUGCUAGCGAAUGCCACUUAUUGCACGACCCUCGGAUGGGCCAGGAAUCGCGAUAUGCUGCAAAGAGUCGAACUGAGGCAAAGCGGCAUGGAGAGAUGCGAAAACAUCAGCAUCGCAACCGUUAAUGGGAUAUGCACCGAGCCUGCUUACUCUAUGGACGACUGCAGCGAGGAAGAAUUAGCUGGAAGUCCGAUGCUGUGUUUGCUGAACGAUGAGAGGCGUUGGGCCCUCGCGGGAGUCGCGAGUUGGCGAAUAGCGUGUUCGAAAACCGGCACCGAGAGGCCUCGUCUGUACGAUCAAGUAUCGACGAAUAUUGCCUGGAUCCGAUCGACCAUAAGUUGAAAGCGACCAGGGCGAUCGACAUCGGAAUAAAUGCAUUUGACACCCGAGAGAACGAUCCUGAGCCUGGGAAAAACAAUCUUGAGAAUGGGAUCGAAUGACGUCAGGGUCGACGAAGCAACGUGGAAGAAAAAGUCGACCAGAAUUUCUCGAAAUCGUACGCUUUCAUUGUCGAAUCAGGGGAAAAUCCAAUUUCAAUUUUUAUUUCAUAUAAUUACAAUGCCCAAUAAAUCUGAAUACAUUUCUGUUACGAAAGCAAACUCGACCUCUUACGAAAGAGAUAGAAACUACCGAUGGCAAACAAAGCCGAGGUCGCCACUCAAAAUCCAACGAUCAAGAUUCACUGUAUUACUUCUCAACGGCUCACGUCCCAGCUGCAUUCAAACGUGAUAAUGUUAUAAAACAAGUUUGCGUUUUACUGCUAAUUUUCAAUCGAUACAAUCAAUCUGGUCCAUUGAAUUUAUUGCUGUUUCUGCGGAGCAAAACAGUUAUUAAAUGAGACUGUCAAAUAUUAGAACAUAACAAGAAAUACGUCCUGAAUAAUGACUCGUUUAUUUCACUCAUUUUCUUUAUUUUUAAUGUUCAUUUUGUGAAAAAUGUUUCUUUUUUCGUUUAUUUUCUAUAGGAACGGACUCAUUUCUAUCAGAUUCCACAGCAAAGAUGCAGUUAUUGUAAUUAUUAUGAUUCGAAUGAAAUUGUUAUUGCACGAUCGAAAAAUAGUUCGAAAGGAGCUUAAAUCAUUGGAGCUCGCUCCGUUUUGUAUAUAUUUUAUAGUGUAAUGACGUAGGUUUAUGUAUUGAAAAAAAAUUGAAAUUUUGGAGUUUUAAGAAAUCAUGAAUUUCGUAGCUUUUAGAUUUUUUAUUCGCCAUCCCAAUUUUGUGACGCGUAAAGUCCCUCCAAUACUGUAAACAUUGUUGUACCUAUAAUUGUAUUGUUACUUCGUUAAUAUUGAAAAAAUAUAAAAUUGUAUUUUAGUA